AGAGAGAGAGAGAGAGAGAGAGAGAGAGAGACAGAGUGGGGGUGCAAGAGUGUUGCUUCAUCUUUCUUCCCGACCCCCUCUUUGUUACGAAGUGAUCUGCCCGAUAUCUCCCCCAACCCCUGCGAGACUGUAUGUAUUUCUUUGGGACUAUUGCAUCGACGCACUGCACCACCUGAUGAGGAGCACCUUGGCUUGACCCAGAGGAGGGGACAGAGGCAGAGGCCAUUUGUUUUUGUGUUGCACUCCAACCCCCGUGGGUAUUGUCCUGACCGACUUGGUGGAGGAGAAUCUGAGAUCCUGGGUCUAGCUGGGAGGCGUGCAUACACAGGCAUGUCUGGUCUGCCUAAUCCUCUGGAGAUAUUCUGAUGUAACGCUACCAGCGAGACUGCUCGAGCUGCAUAACGGAUAUGCACACACAUGGGCGAGUUCAGAAAUCAAGGCUCCACAGGUAGUAAGAGUUUAGGCUUGCCUCGGUUUUUCACGCGUGACUUCUUUUGGAGAAGUAUUCGUUUUUUAUCUACGAGUUGUUGAUCGAGCACAUGCUUGAAUUAAAGAGGCACUAACGCACACACACAGAGGAUCUAGCAUGUCAGCAGCGGUGCAGUUGGAUGAGCAGGGAGGAGAGUUGUGGGAGGAGUGUGGGAGACUGGAGCCGGCACUCUGAUUGAGUUAUUAACAAGAUGUCACUCCAUUGGCUGGCUUUCCCAACAAGCUGCCGCAUCAUAGGCUGAGUGCACACUCUCCUUCAUCUAGCCUCCUAUGCUGGCAAAAGCAGAGACUAUCUUUAGCGUUAGCAUCAGAGUUUAUCGACAACGCUAUCCAUAAGACUGCUAGGGCUACGUCUACCGCUACUACGAGUAGUAUGCUUGUUAUGACUGCUGCAUAAUAUUCAGUAUCUUCUGUUACUCAUCUGACUUGGCCGACGGUGAAGAAACACGGCUACAGUUGCUACGACGCAUCAAUAUUUAAUGUGCUUACAUCACCACAAAGAGAUUUGCAUCAAAAUCAAAGAAGAGCCGCGUCUCUGCCAGUGUAGCAGUGUGGAUUGUUGAUUUUUAAACAGCCCCGCCAACACUCCCUCCGUGUGAUAUCACGUGCACGUUUGAUGCCGUGCACCUCGGAAUAUCGCGGCGUCGGGCCAGUGAGAUGAGACUUCUAUUGAUUCUAACUCGUCUUGCCAGCUUGCUUUCUGCAUACACACACACAAUGACUCUUUAGAACACACACAACCUUUCACGCAUCCAGUCUUGCACACACACACACACACACCACACACAUGAACGCACACCAGUGAAGACGAGCACACAAGCUGUGCCGUGGAAAUAGUCCAAGCCUUAAUGAGGAGUACGAGAGAGUGACUCUGCAGUGCAUGGGUUUUCUCCCCAUCCCUCUCUCUCUUUCUCUCUAUCUCUCUGUACUUUGAAAAACACCACUGGCGCCCAUGACCUCAACUGGUUGCAUUGCCUUUACUACCAGGGCAGAACCACAACGAGGACCAAGACCAGGACUAGGACCUAGAACCCAGGACCAGGAAGCUCAAUCCCUACAGCCCAUAUUUAUAACACCCCCCUCCUGACUUGACGAUGUCUUGGUGUCCUUGACGACUAGCGUAUGUCCCCGGUGACUAGCGGAAUACAGAGUAAAGGAGGCCAGCACAAAAACACACACACACGCGCACCCAGCAGAGAUACUGGCAAUAGGGGCUAGCUGCCCACAGUGUGGUGGAAGAGAGGACUAGAGGAAGACGAGGAAGAGAGAGAGAGAGAGCGGACCGAACAGGAGAGAGUUUUGACACGCAGCCCUGCAGCAGGGUCGGCCUCUCGCUGAACCAAUGAGCACCCCGGGCAGAGGGAGCCUGACUGCCUCUCCAGCUCCGUGUGACUGCACCCUACGCCCUCUGUCUUCUUAAAUAUUCAGUGUCCCAUGUCGACAAGGCAGAAGCUGAAGCGUCCCCUGCUGAUGUCGCUGUUCUUACAGGUGUCUGGGUUGACGCGGGCAACUGUCAUUCGUAACGCGUAGCCGCUCUGAUCCGCCCCCUGUGUUGACCCCUUACUCGGCUCAAACGGCCAGAAGCAGUCUUUUAAAUGGCGACUUGGAAACGGUUUAUCCAUUUCCCAUAUUUCCUAGUUUUGUAAAGCACUUGUUUUCUACUUUUUCUACCGGAGAGUGUUUGGGCGGACAGGGCCGACAUGGGGAGCUCCAUGGGUUGUGUUCGCCCCCAACGGGAGGAUCUAAGUGGGGCCCCGCCCCUUUCGCCAAAGAAGCGCCUGCGUUUCAAGAGGAAGCGCAAGGGGAGGAAGGGGAGGAAGGGCGAGGCGGCCCCGGAGGAGUCGGGGCGGCGGGGGAGUCGCGACCCGGACCCCCGGGACGAAGAGGAGGAGGAGGAGGGCGAAGGGGAGAAGGCGUCCCUAUUAGAAACGGCCGAUUCCAAAAACACCAGGCUCUGCUUCAGGGGGGUACCGGACCCCCGGUUGGGCCACUUCAUGUCGUCCAGCAACACCCUCGCCCCUGGGUGUCACAGCGUCUCCAUGGGGGGCAGCAGUCUGCUGGAGGUGACCCCCAAACCAAGCCCGGCGUGGAGGGGGGUGUUCUGCCUCCCGGGCCAGGAGGACACCGUCAGCGCCAUCGUGGAGCUCUCCAGCCUCCCAGGCCAGACCCCCACCGCCAGGGCCCCUCCUGCCAGCCUGGCCCUGGGCAUCGCCAACACCACCAGCAAGACCCCCCUGGGGAGCACCACCCCGGGGGGCGGCAGGGUGUGCCGAGUCAAGGAGAAGGUCCAGGGGGUCCUGGAGAAACCUUGGAUCCUCCGACCCAAGAAGGAGAAGAAGGAAAAGGGGAGAGCGAGACAGCAGCAGCAGCAGCAGCAGCAGGAGAUGAAGGAGGCUGGAGGGACGGGCGGGGGCCGGACCGGGGGCACCGCGGGUCUCAGCGGGGCCCAGACGGCCAUGGAGAGGGAGCGUAAGGGGGUCAUCCACAUCCGGGAGGCCGAUGGGAAGCUGUGUGUGGUGCGGACCGUCUACCCCAGCGACUACGGAUCCCCCGUGUGGAGGGGAGACGUCGACGGGGUGGAGGUCCGGGCCGAGCCCCCCGCCCCGUCCCCCGUCACGGGGAACGUCCUCACGGUGCAGCUCUCCGAGGACGAUGACGGCAGGGCCAAAAUGGCCGACCCCGGUCAGGCAGUUUCUGCUCAUCAAACAGGGUAUCGGGAAACUACGACUGCUGCUCGGCAGUUUGACCUGGACACUCCGCUAGGCAGGCUAGGGGGCACUUCGUUGCUGGAGUCGGGCUACGCCAGCGACCUGCCGUUGACCUCCCCGGGCACUGGGGGCACCACACCCAGUCAGACGGACUGGGGGGGCACCACGCCCAGUCAGACGGACUGGGGCGGCCUCAACACCAGCAGCUCCUCGGAGAGAGUGGACUCCACGGUGGAGAGUCCUCUGUCUCCAAUACAGCAGGCACCUGUUAAACACCUGCCACAGAUCUCAGAGAUCUAUGUGAGCGGGGAGUCAGGUGACCUCACGGCCAAGGAGAAGCUGUUGCUAUGGACACAGCAGGCCACAGAGGGCUACCCAGGCCUGCGCUGCUCCAACUUCACCUCCUCCUGGAGCAACGGGCGCCUCUUCAACGCCCUGCUGCACCGAUACAGGCCAGACCUGAUUGAUAUGGAGGUGGUGACACACCAAAGUAACCGUGACAACCUGGAGCAGGCGUUUGAGAUUGCAGAGUCGCUAGGGGUAACCAGACUGCUGGACGCUGAGGACGUGGACGUUCCCUCUCCGGACGAGAAGUCAGUCAUCACCUACGUGGCCUCCAUCUACGACGCCUUCCCCAAGAUCCCAGAGGGAGGGGAGGGCAUCCCAGCCCACGAGGUGGACCAGCGGUGGUCUGAGUACCAGACCCGGUUCUCCUCUCUGAUGCAGUGGAGCCGCAAGCACACGGCCCUCAUGGCUGACAAGAACUUCCCCCAGAACCCUGUGGAACUCAAGGCACUUUAUAACCAGUACAUCCACUUCAAAGAGACAGAGAUCCCCAUCAAGGAGAUGGAGAAGAGCCGUGUGGAGCACCUCUACAAACUGCUCGAGGUGUGGAUAGAGUUUGGUCGCAUCAAGCUCCCUCAGGGCAUCCAUCCCAACGAGUUGGAGGUGGAGUGGGGGAAACUCAUCCUGGAGAUGCUGGACAGGGAGAAGGCUCUGCGGCCUGCAGUGGACAGGGUGGAGUUACUGCUUCAGAUGGCCAAUAAGAUCCAGAACACGGCUCUGGACUGUGAGGAGAAACUCACUCUGGCCAAAAACACUCUCCAAGCUGACAUGUCCCGCAUGGAGAGCGGGGAGGGGGUCCAGUGUGAGGGCGAGCUGGCCUGCUACCUGCAGGACUGUGAGGGUCUCAUCAGACAGCUGAACCAGGACGUCAGGGGGCUGCGAGAGGAGCGCUACUACCAGGUGGACCAGCUGGCCUCCAGGGUGUCGGGUCUACAAGAGGAGCUGGUCUCCCUCCGGCUGCAGUGCUCCAGCGUCUACAGGAAGGGCCACUUCUCCUCCCAGUCCCUGCUGGAGCAGACGGCCCCCAGGCCAGCCGACCGGGGCCUCUCGCUGGGGCAGACCCUGCUGGGCGCGGUGGGCGCGGUGGGGGCGGUGGGGGCCGCCUUGCUCCGCAGACCCAUGGCCCGCUCCCAGCUGGUGGCCAUGUCGUCGUCUGAGGACGAGGGCAGCCUGAGGUUCAUCUACGAGCUGCUGGGAUGGGUGGAGGAGACCCAGGAUCUGCUUGAGGGGGCUGAGUGGGGGGCAGACCUCCCCUCGGUGGAAAACAACCUCCAGGAACAUAACGAGAUACACACCGCUGUGCAGGAGCUGCUGAGCAGCAUACAGGAGGCGCGCAACUACCAGGGUAAAGUCUCUCCGAACUUCAAGAACAGCUACUGUGAAACCAUGGCCAAGCUGGAGCACCAAUACUGCAAACUACUGGAACGAUCAUCAUGGCGCCUGCGGAGCCUGGAGAGCCUGCACGGGUUCGUGACACGCUGCACGGAGGAGCUGAUCUGGCUCAACGAGCGGGAGGAGGAGGAGAUGGCCUACGACUGGGGCCACGGGAACACCAGCCUGGACACCAAGAAGGAGCUCUACACCGAAAUGAGGUCAGAGCUGGACGAGAAACAGGACAUGAUGCAAGUGCUCCAGGAAACAGCCGACCGCCUCUGUCAGGAGAACCACCCCGCCAAACAGACUGUAGAGGCGUACAGCGCGGCCCUGCAGACCCAGUGGCAGUGGGUGAGACAGCUGUGUGUGUGCGUCGAGCAGCAUCUCAAAGACAACGCCGCCUACUUCCAGUUUAUGAAUGAGGUGCGCGACUGUGAGUCGUACCUGCGUCAGCUGCAGGACACCAUCAAGAGACAGUACACGUGUGACCGCAACAGCAGACUCGGCAAACUGGAGGACCUGCUGCAAGACUCUAUGGAGGAGAAAGAGCAGCUGAUAGAGUACCGCAGGUCUGUGGCCAGCCUGGUGGGGCGGGCCAAAGCGGUGGUCCAGCUCCGCCCACGCAGCACCGACACCCCCCUAGGGGCCGCCACGCCCAUCAGAGCCAUCUGUGACUACCGACAGAUAGAGACUGACAUUCAGAUCACUAUAUCCCGUGGGGAGGAGUGUGUGUUGGAGGACAACUCCCAGAGGACCAAGUGGAAGGUGAUCAGCCCCAGUGGGAACGAAGCCAUGGUCCCCUCGGUGUGUUUCACCGUCCCCCCUCCCAACCAGGAGGCCAUCGACACCGCCAGCAGGAUGGAGCAGAUGUACCAGAAGGUGAUGUCCCUGUGGCACCAGCUGCACAUGAACAUGAAGAGCGUGGUGUCCUGGCACUACCUGACCAAAGACCUGCGCACCGUGUCCGCCUGGAGCCUCGACACUAUGCGCUCCCAGUCUCCGCCGGAGCGGGACCAGGCCCUGGAUGAGCUGGAGUCCCACCUGGCGGACUUCCUGUCGGACAGCAAGGAGAGCGCUCUGUUCACGCCCGCCGAGAGGUCAGACCUGGAGAAGGAGGCGCAGCAGGCCCAGAAACACUGCCAGGACCUGCUGCUCAACAUGGAGACCGUGGAGAAGGACGAGUCCGUCUCCCGGUCCUACCUGUCUGAGCUGCGUGACAUCAGCCUCCACCUGGAGGACGUGGAGCGCAGGCUGACCCGGGCCAUCCAGACCCCGCCCCUCAGCCACCUGUCAGGGGACGGCGCAGACGGCACCGCCAGGAUCACCGAGCAAGAGAAGAUGCAGGCGGAGCUGGAGGCUCUGCAGUCCAGCGUGGGGGAGGUGUCCCGGCGCUGCGUGGGCUUCUUCCAGGACAAGCCCACCUCCUCCAGCGUCCCGGCCAUGCGCUCCGAGCUCAGCCAGGCUGUGGAGAAGAUGGACAAACUGUACAACCUCUCCCACGUCUUCCUGCAAAAGCUGAAGACGGUGGACGUUCUGAUGAGCCGGCUGGGGGACACGGAGGAGGUGGUCCGCAAGUACGAGAGCAGACUGAGCGACGAAGACACCGUCCCCGCCGACACCACCGCCAUGCAAGUCCUGCAGGAGCAGCUAGCGUCGUGGCAGGGGGAGCUGAGCGCACAGGACGGCGUGCUCCGCUCGCUGCAGGCCGAGGUGGAGCGGGCGAGGGAGGCGGGCUCCCAGCUGGCCCGGCUCCACCCGGACCGCAGCUCGGAGCUGGAGCGCUACCAGGAGAGGGCCAAUCAGAUGGCAGAGAGGUGGAGCAACGUGGAGCGGCAGAUGGAGACACGGCGUGCUGACCUGGAGGUCCUGGGCUCGUCCCUGCAGCAGUACAAAGACGGCCACUCGGGCCUCAUCAGCUGGAUCGAGGAGACCACAGAGAGACAGGAGAACACACAGCCGGGCCAGAUGGACAGCAAGGCCCUGUCGGAACAACUGGCUCAACAGACGGCCUUGGUAGUUGAGAUCGAGGCGAACCAGACCAAACUAGACCAGUGCCAAAUUAACGCCAAACAGUACUGUACCUCAGUCAAGGACUAUGAGCUUCAGUUGAUGACCUACCGAGCCUUCGUGGAAUCCACCCACAAGUCCUCCCUCAAGAGGAGGAGGAUGCACUCCUCCUCAGACGCCAUUUCUCAAGAGUUCAUGGACUUGCGGACACGCUACACCGCCUUGGUUACCCUGACAACGCAACACGUCAAGUACAUCAGCGAUGCUCUGAGGAGAAUAGAGGAAGAAGAGAAAGAGGUGGAGGAGGAGAUGCAGGCCAGGGUGGGCCCGGUCUCAGAUCUUCUGGGCUGGGUGAAAGGUCUCCAGGGGCGGAGCCUUGGCCCCAACGCUGAGUCCUCAUUGGCUGCUCAGCAGGCCGUCACAGAACAACUCUCCGCUAGGAAGGAGGAGGUCGCUGAAGCCAUCAGGAGCACCCAGGUGUUCCUACAAUCUAAACAAGCCAGCAAGUUGUCCCCAGAGGAGAGUGCCCGGGUCAGGGCCCAGCUGGAGGAGCUGACUUCCACCUACAGCCAGCUGUGUGACAGCUCCAGCCAGCAGCUCCGAAAGAUGGAACACCAACUGGCCAAGGAGGAGGAGGAGAAGAAACAAACUGUUAUUGCUGGAAUCAUCGACAUGGGAUCCAUGGAAAUCUUCUCAGUGUUCAGUGCAGCCCAGUGCGGGCUCAUUGACCAGGAAACCUGCCGCUUCCUACUGGAAGCCCAACUCAUCUCUGGUGGGCUCCUCCAGCCUCCCUCCCCUCAAAGCCUCUCAUUGGAGCACGCCUUGGCCCAAGGAAUGAUAGACAACCACACCAGCCAAUCGUUAUCUUACUUGGAAAGGGCCUUGCAUCUGGUGAAUGAGACAAAAUCAAAAGAGGGAGAGAAGCAAUGUCUCCUGCCAGUGGCUAUAGCCUUGGAGGAAGGAGUUAUCAGUGAGCACUUGGGGCUCCAUAUUCUAGAGGUCCACAUGAAUACAGGAGGCUUGAGAUAUCCCAGUGGAGAAUUGGUCGAUUUGGACACUGCCUUAGAACAGGGUCUUUUGCCUUCAAGAAUCUACAUUAAGCUCCAAUCCCAGCUCCAACGUAGGGAGCUUAUUGACCCAAAUACUGCAGAAAGGUUAAGCCUGUCUGAGCUACAGCAACGCUGUAUAAGUCAUGAAGAGUCUGGCCUUCAUCUCCUGCCGGUCAAACAGCAAUCUGAAAGAACCGUCUCCCUACGUUCUGGAAGAAAAGUGGGCAUCUUCCGCGCCAGCCAAGAAGGUCUUGUGGACCAAAAUGUUACUGUGAGGCUACUUGAAGCUCAGCUAUUUGCUGGCGGUAUUGUUGACCCACGUUCUGGAAAUCGUCUAAUCCUUGAUGAGGCUCUUAGCCAAGGAUUGAUGCAUCAGAAUCAGGCAUGCACUAUACUGGCUCGGCAGCUCCAAACUGGGGGAAUACUGGACCCUCGCAGCGGUGAGCGUCUAGGCUUGGACGAAUCUCUCUGCAGGGAUCUUCUGUCUCCUUCUUUAGCUCUCUUGGUACUUGAGUCCCUGCAGUCCUUCAUGGGGAUGCUGUGGCCAGAAUCUGGAGAACUAGUGCCCAUCGCAGAGGCCCUACAGCAGGGAGGCGUCUCAGAAGAUCUGGCGAGAAAUGUCCUGGGGCAACGUCAUGUUGUUGGAGCCUUGUAUGAUGUAGGAGCACUUCACUUGGUACCUCUCAGCCAAACAUCUGAAAAAGCCCUGGAUCUCAGUGUGGCCAAAGUCCUAAGCAAGAUCCAUAUCCCUGAUGUUCUCCCCAGUACACCAUCGAGUCCUCCAUCUACGAAUCGCAUCAGCUGGUGUUCCACCAGCUCAUCUCCUUCUCCAUCCUCACAACCACCUGGUUCCCUAACUACAGGGCAUGUCUGGGACUCUACUCCAUUGGAUUCUAGCGAAACACAAGAACAAGCAAAGCAUGUGUUACUUUCCCAUCUGAUGACUCACAGCUAUGUUGAUGUCCAUUCUGGGAAACGCCUUGUGCUUCUAGAUGCAGAGCUAGUGGAGUUGGUCAAGGCUACUGGGCUGUCAUGUGCAGACACUUCUCCUGGAUAUCAAGUUCAGGAGGAAGGAAGUAGUUUGAUCGCUGGUUCAAUGCAGACCAUAGGGAGUAUCAGAACACUAGUAUAUAGUGCUGAGGGAGAGAAAGAGGAAACAGCGGAAGUUGUAAAGACAAGCUGUCAAGCAAUCCCAAAGGUUGUCCUCUCCAGUAAAAUCAUUGAACGAAAAGGCAGAACUAGUCAAGAAAGUAAAAAUGGUGUAGGUGACAGAGCAUUGCAGCAAACAUCCAAUCAGAAAAUAGAGCCAGCAAUCGGGGGGAAAGGUGAGAAAAAAAUUGAAAAUGUCACCGCAAAAGGUGAAAUAGAAAUAGCUCCUCGUUCAGAGAAUUUUGCAGGAAAACCUCUAAGUCAGCAGGUAAACAAGUCAGAUCAACACAAAGAGGUGCGUAAUAAAGAAGGUAGUUCACCUUCAAAACAAGCAGACACUUCACCAUCCAUUAACCAAGACAAUGCAACUUCUUCUGUAGUAAAUACAGAAAGAGUCUAUGCUGAGUUAGAACAAGAUCUAGCCAUCGUAGAAAGUUCUAAAACUAUAGAUUCAGCAGGCUCCCAAGCAGUAAGAUCUAUGGGAUAUGCUCAAAUUGUCCAAAAGUCGGACUUGGAUUAUAAAUCACAGUUUAUUAACCGUAGCUCAGAGACAAAUAAAACGGAGGAGGAAGCUGAGAUGGAAAGGUUAACCAUAGAGCUUAAACAGGGUGGCCUCCUGACGGAGGAAGGAGACAGGCUGCUCCCAGAUGAGGCUGUAGCCCAGGGAAUCCUCCCAGGCCAAACUGCAGUUAAACUCAUGUCUCAAGCCGGUCUUUUUGGUGGAUUCCUAGAUGCCACUAGUGGUGAGUUACUCAGUUUAGAGGACGUAAUGCAGGAAGAUCUUCUUGAUGAAGACCUAAUGUGGAGUGUUCUUAAGUCUGAUAAAAGCCUAUCUGGUGUAGUGGACAUUGACAAAGGAAAUGUCUGUGGGUUGAGGGAGGCAGCUCAGAAAGGCUUGAUCGACUCCAACACUGCUUCUCGCCUUCUGGAAGCCCAGGUGCUCUCUGGGGGAAUUGUUGAUUUAAAUAGGGAUGAAAAAGUGUCAGUAACCCUCGCAGCCAACCUGGGUCUGAUCAAGGAGGAUCAGAAAGAAUCACUAGAGGCAUUAGAAAAUGCUUACAAGGGAAAGGCCACAGAACCACAAACGGCAAUUGCCAAAGCCACAAUCCAACUACAGAUGGAAGGCAUUGUUGACCCUGAAUCUCGGUCUCCUGUUCCACUGGAAUGCGCCAUUCAGAAGGGAUUGAUUGGUUCAGAGGAGGCUUAUCAGGCACUCUCAAAGCAGGUUGCUGAAGGGGGUAUUUUACACCAUGCUUCAGGAACAAGGUUGUCCGUUUCUGAUGCUUUGGAGAGAGGACUGGUGGACCGCUCCCUUGCCCCGGGACUGGAAGAACUGCAGUGUGUCUACAAGGGGAACAUCAGCCUUUUAGCACACCCAGAGGCUGCUCUAUUCCAAGCUUCAACAGGAGCUAUUUACAGCCCAGAAUCUGAACGCAAACUGACACUGACAGAGGCGGUUUCCAAGGGUCUGCUUGAGGAAAAAGUAGCCAAGGAAGCUAUGGCUUCUGAUAGUGUAACUCAAGGAGUAAUUGAUCCCCAAUCCUGUCGUAUUGUCCCUUAUUCUCACCUAGUACACCAGGGUAAGAUAGAUCUUAACACAGGAAAACGAUUCCUGGAGGUAAAACAAUUCAGCGGUAUUCAGGAUGAGCAAACGGGGGACAUCUUAACAUUAAAGCAGGCCAUUGCAAUUGGCAAAGUUGACCCAGUACCAGCUUUGAGGCUGCUCCAAAGCCAGGCUGACAGUGGUGGGAUCAUUGAUAUCACCAGUGGAGAUAGGCUGCCUCUGCCUGAAGCCUCUGAGAAAGGUUUGAUUGAGGAGGAUAUGGCCAGAGAAAUUGCCAUCAACCAGAUCACCAAAGGAGGCCUGAUCCAUCCUACUACUGGUCAAAGAGUUGCAAAUCUUGAUGAUGCUAUCAUAGCAGGUCUAAUCUCAAGUGAAAUGGCCUUUGAUAUCCAGGAGAGCAUGACUUUAGCAGAAAUAGAUGAAGGUGAGGGUAGUUCUACACCAAUGGUUUCCUCAAACAGUGCCUACAGCCCUGGUGCGGAUUCAUCAGUAGCCAGCAACCAGGUAAAAUGGUCAAGUGAAAGCUCUCUGUCAACCACUCCACUCUUAGAGCAGUCAGGGAUAGGUUUGGUGUUUAAAGAGGUGGAUCAAAAGCAAUUGGAUUCUUUGACAUCAAAUCAGUUGAGCUUGUGUGAUGCCACUUUAGAAGAAGAUACUGUAGAGCAGCCACUCUCUGAGUCUGACUCAUCCAUUGACCUGCUGGCUAAAUUUGCCAGCAAUGUUGGGAAAAGGAUUCAGCAAGCAAUCAAUGAGAUCAAACCUCAGAAAGCUGAGCUAAAACAGGGGCCAGGUGAGGCAUCAUCAAUAAGGGAAAGACAUGCUUUCGGAACACGAAAAGAGAGUGAUUAUACUGGUAUCACCGCAGUAUCAUCCUACCAGGAAUCAGACCUUGAAACAUUCAACACAUCUUCUAAAGUACAAGUUGCAGAACAGGUGACUAUCACAAGAUCAGUGGACCUAUCUGUUAGGGCUGACAAGAAAAAGACAAGGCCAGCAGAUGUCAGGGUUUUGUCAGAGCAUCAUGAAGAUGAAAAUGAUGAAAGAAUCAAAGACGCAAAAGCAGAUGAUGUCCGGGAGGAGGGAAAACUCAAGGAAAGCCUAGGUGUAGAUGUGCUUUCUCUAAAACAACUAGAACAUGAAUACACCGAACAAUGUGACGAAGCAGGGAAAAGAGAGAUUGGAGGAGAAUUGGAGGACACAGCUGAAACAAUUCUAACAGGAGAGGGAACUGAUGUGAAGCAUUCAGACCAGAGUUUAACUGCUUCAGAUAAAGAGGCCGAAGCCAAAAGCAAGAAAAAGAAGAAGAGCAAGAAGAAAGGCAGGGGAAAGGAAAGUGAAAAUAAGCCACUACCUUUAGAGAAAAGCGAUAAUGUAUCGGACAUUAAACAAAUGGAUUCAGAAAAUGAAGGGCAGUCUCAAGUCACAAAGUCAAUCACAGGUGUUUCGCCAUUACCAGUGAAGGUUAAGAUAUUAGAAUCCACCCCCGAAAGAGACCUCCAUGUCAAAGAUGGAGAACUAAAGAUUGAUGGGAAGGUUGAUGCAGCGGAAGUAUCCCUGGUAUCUCAAGAUGAUCAGCAGGCAAAUGAUAACGGAGGGCAACCAGACAUGACAAGAGCUGAAAUAGUAAGAAAGCAGAUGGAAGAAUGCGUAGACAAACAGUAUGGCAAGACAGAGAUGGGUGUUAGUGUGCAGAAGGGUGCAAAAAGACCUGAGAAGUCAAACCUACCAGACAAUGAGAAGGCAGCCCUGAUAAUGAAGGCAAAGGAGAGCAUAUUGAAGAAGGUGUUUGAGAAGGGAGUGACAGAAAAGCAAGCAGCUGAAGAGCUGGAGGCACUACGCAAGGAGGUGCACAGGAAGGACAUCCAGGCAGGGAAUGCCAGAGAUGGGAAGAUGCAAACUCCUGUGAUUAAGAUGGAAACUCCCUCGAGAAAGAUGGCAACUCCCUUGACUAAGAUGGUUGAUGUUGAGGGUAGUACUGAUGAAGAUGAUCACAGAAAAAUGCCUGAUGCUAAGCCAAAGGUGGAAUGGAAGGGAGAGACCGGUGGCCGAAAGGAGAACUUGAAAGUGGAUGGCAAGGAAGUUGUGGUUGUGGAUGAGCCAAAUCUCACUGAUGAUUCAAGUUUAGCCCUUAAAGAAGCUAAGACCCUAUCAAAGGAGAAAGAUGAUUGUGUUGGUGGUGUUAAGGAGGGAAAAGAUAAAGAGACAGUUUCACCAGACCAGCAUAAUGAAACCCCCUUGAGAAAGAUGGUAACUCCUUUGACUGAGAUGGUCGAUGUUGGGGGUAGCACUGAUGAGGAUGAUCUCAGAAAACCCCCUGAUGCUAAGACAAAGGUGGAAUGGAUGGGGAAGACCAGUGGCCGAAAGGAGGAGAACCUGAAAGUGAAUGUCAAGGAAGUUGUGGUUGUGGAUGAGCCAAAUCUCACUGAUGAUUCAAGUUUAGCCCUUAAAGAAGCUAAGACCCUAUCAAAGGAGAAAGAUGAUUGUGUUGGUGGUGUUAAGGAGGGAAAAGAUAAAGAGACAGUUUCACCAGACCAGCAUAAAGAAACCCUCUCGAGAAAGAUGGUAACUCCCUUGACAGAGAUGGUCGAUGUUGAGGGUAGCACUGAUGAGGAUGAUCUCAGAAAACGACCCGAUGCUAAGACAAAGGUGGAAUGGAUGGGAAAGACCAGUGGCCGAAAGGAGGAGAACUUGAAAGUGGAUGUCAAGGAAGUUGUGGUUGUGGAUGAGCCAAAUCUCACUGAUGAUUCAAGUUUAGCCCUUAAAGAAGCUAAGACCCUAUCAAAGGAGAAAGAUGAUUGUGUUGGUGGUGUUAAGGAGGGAAAAGAUAAAGAGACAGUUUCACCAGACCAGCAUAAUGAAACCCCCUUGAGAAAGAUGGUAACUCCUUUGACUGAGAUGGUCGAUGUUGAGGGUAGCACUGAUGAGGAUGAUCUCAGAAAACCCCCUGAUGCUAAGACAAAGGUGGAAUGGAUGGGGAAGACCGGUGGCCGAAAGGAGGAGAACUUGAAAGUGAAUGUCAAGGAAGUUGUGGUUGUGGAUGAGCCAAAUCUCACUGAUGAUUCAAGUUUAGCCCUUAAAGAAGCUAAGACCCUAUCAAAGGAGAAAGAUGAUUGUGUUGGUGGUGUUAAGGAGGGAAAAGAUAAAGAGACGGUUUCACCAGACCAGCAUAAAGAAACCCUCUCGAGAAAGAUGGUAACUCCCUUGACAGAGAUGGUCGAUGUUGAGGGUAGCACUGAUGAGGAUGAUUUCAGAAAACGACCCGAUGCUAAGACAAAGGUGGAAUGGAUGGGGAAGACCGGUGGCCGAAAGGAGGAGAACUUGAAAGUGGAUGUCAAGGAAGUUGUGGUUGUGGAUGAGCCAAAUCUCACUGAUGAUUCAAGUUUAGCCCUUAAAGAAGCUAAGACCCUAUCAAAGGAGAAAGAUGAUUGUGUUGGUGGUGUUAAGGAGGGAAAAGAUAAAGAGACAGUUUCACCAGACCAGCAUAAAGAAACCCUCUCGAGAAAGAUGGUAACUCCCUUGACAGAGAUGGUCGAUGUUGAGGGUAGCACUGAUGAGGAUGAUCUCAGAAAACGACCCGAUGCUAAGACAAAGGUGGAAUGGAUGGGAAAGACCAGUGGCCGAAAGGAGGAGAACUUGAAAGUGAAUGUCAAGGAAGUUGUGGUUGUGGAUGAGCCAAAUCUCACAGAUGAUUCAAGUUUAGCCCUUAAAGAAGCUAAGACCGUAUCUAAAGAGAAAGAUGAUUGUGUUGGUGAUGUUAAGGAGGGAAAAGAUAAAGAGACGGUUUCACCAGACAAGCAUAAAGAAACCCCCUCGAGAAAGAUGGUAACUCCCUUGACUGAGAUGGUCAAUGUUGAGGGUAGCACUGAUGAGGAUGAUCUCAGAAAAUGGCCUGAUGCUAAGCCAAAGGUGGAAUGGAUGGGAAAGGCCGGUGGCCGAAAGGAGGAGAAUUUGAAAGUGGAUGUUAAGGAAGCCUUGGUUGUGGCUGAGCCAAAAAUCACAGAUGAUUCAAGUUUAGCCAUCAAAGAAGCUAAGACUUUAUCAAAAGAGGCAGAUGAUCGUGUCUGUGGUGUUAAGGAGGGUAAACAGACAGUUUCACCAGACCAGCAUAAAGAGACUAGGCAAGGGAAACGGCAGAAGAAAAACAAAAAGUCUAAAAUAGCAAAAAUUGCAGGCCAUGCAGAUGCUGCUACAGAAAAGCCAUGGACUGAUGAUGCUGUUCAGGCAGUUGUGACGGCAACAAUCUGUACCAAGAAAACAGGAAUUAAUGUAGAAAGAAAAACUGAUGACCAGAAAGGGGAAAGUUUGAAAUAUGUGAAGUCAGAGAGUGAUGUUGAUAGGCCCUCAAGCAGUGAUGACACAAACAAGAUGGCUUCUUCUACAGUUGAUGCCAAAACUACUAAUGAAGUUUUACAAAGACCAAUCCGUGCAUCAGCACCGGCAAUAGAGAAGGCAAAGGCUGAGGUUAAGUCUGCCAGGGAAGAAUUUAAGGGACCUUUAAAAGUAAUUGAAAGUAAGUCUGUUGAAGAAAUUAAGGAAGCUUUACAAAUGACUGGGAAGCAGUCUGCUGGAGACGAGUUUAAGAGAUCCUUACACAGUUCUUUCAUUAAGUCUGGUGGAGAAGAAGUAAAGGAACAUAUUCAAAAAUAUGUUUCUGACACUGUAAGGGAGGAAAUGAAGGAGCCUUUAAAAAUGGGUGGGAUUAAUUCUACAGAGGAAAAAUUAAAGGAAGCUUUACAGAUGACUGUUGUCAAAGAAAUGAAGGAACCUGUACACAUAGCUGAAAUUAAGUCUGCUGCAGAAGAAAUGAAGGGACCUUUAGGAUUGACUGGGAAUCAGUCUGCUGGGGAAGAAGUUAAGAAGCAUGUACAAAAAGCUGGAAUCGGCUAUGUAGGGGAGGUAAUUAAGGAACCUAUACCAUUAGCUGGGAUGACAUCGAUUGGGAAAGAACUGAAAGAACAUCAACUCAACAUUAAAGAGCAACUGCACCCUGCAAUACCUAGCAUUGCUGCAGAUGUUUUUGGCACCACUUAUGAGGCUGUUGAUAACAAAUCAUUACAACCUGAUUCUAGAUCAGUGGAUUCCAUGAAACAGGAUCCGAACCUAUUUGAAAGUCCUCUUCCAAGUCAGACAGGCAACAAGCGGCAUCCAGAGUCUCUUUUACCAUCAGAGGAAAAUCCCACAGAAUCUGAGUUGGCUGAGGUACUAGAGUCUGAUACGACUACAGAGAGCAGUGGGGAGGGGGAGGAGGACAAGGAAGAAAUAAAGAUGAAGAAAAAGAAGGGCUCUGCAAAGUCAUCACUGAUCCGGCAGGAAUGCCUGGAACAUGACCAGCGAAUUGUGGCUCUGGUCUCCAUGGUGAGGCACAUAGAGGUCUGCCUCAAACAGCAGCAGCAGCAGUCUGUCGGCCGUGGCCUCAUCUCUCUAGAAGACAUCAUCAGACAGACAGAGGCGCUGAGCCUCGAGCUCCAGGACCUGGAACCAGAGGUAAACAAGGAGGUGGAGGCCACUGCCCAACUGCUUGAGCCACGCCCUUCCAAUGUCCCACCUCAGCUCCUAUUGGCUCUGGAGAAGGAUAUGCGGAGCCUGGCCCGAGGGUACGAGUCCGCCAGGGGAGUCUCUGAGACCAUUCUACAGGGUCUAAGAGAACACAGAGACUCUUUCAAGGAGGCUGUGACAGCGGAGCAGAAGAACCUGGGAGGUCUGGUGGAAAACCUCCUCACCUGGUUGAGCGAGACGGAGGCCAGGAGCAUCGGAGCGAUGGCAGGGAAGGAGGAGGAUAGCCCCGUUGAUCAGAUUACGCAGCAACUGGAAUACUGCAAGGAGUUCCAGGCUGCCCUGACGGCCCGCUCCAAUGAGGUCAUCGACGCGGCCUUUGACGUUCAGGUGUUCAUCUCGGAGCGCGCCCAGGACCUGGCCCCCGAGCAGAGCAGGCACCUGCUGGGGCAGCUCCAGAGGCUGCAGGGGGCCUUCCACCAGGCCAGUGGGCAGGCCCGGGCCCGCGCAGAGACCCUGUCCAAUCAGAGAGCCAGGGAGGAGGAACUCCAGCAGAAAGAGAGUGCUAAAGUGCAGGAGGAGGAGAAGGAGAGGGAGAUAGAAAGACAGACGGCCCGGAAGAUUGAGGUGGUCAAGCAGCAGAAAGCAGAAUGCUCUCAGAAACUAGAAGGCCUCAACGUGUGGUUGGCUGGAGCCGCCAGCAUGUUGGCCAAUCAGAAAGCAUGUGUAGAGUCGGGGGAUGUGGAUGUCUUGCAAGAGAAGCAGAAGGAACUCAAGGAGGUGCAGAAGGACCUGCAGAGCAAAGCAGAGGGCGUGGCCGGGACCAUCCGCUCAGUGGAGGACUUCCUGUCGGAGCGAGGGGACUGCCUGAGCCCCGAGGAGAGGGAGAGCCUGCAGGGGGCGCUACGCAAGAUGAAAGAGCAUUACGCUGACCUGACCAACGCUGCCGACGCCUCGGUCACCCAGCUGGACACGGCCAUCAGCACCACACUCACGCAGAACACACAGAGGGCUAAGGCAGAGGAGGACCUCCAGGAGACCCGGGGACAGAUCGAUGCCAUGCUGGAAGGCCUUUCCUCCCUCAGUGCGCCUGCUGUGAAGGCAGCCGCCACCAAGUGCAGCACGUCUCCUGAAGACGUCAUAGAUGGGCGGCUCUCUUCCACACAGCCAGAGGGCGCUCUACAGUCACACACAGACAUGCUACAGGCGGAGAUGCAGCAGCUCCAGGCCCAGCAGGCCCAGCUGCUGCAAGUGGCCCAGUCCACGCGCUCCCUGCUGGAGCAGCCCGACUCGGCGGUGCCCCCCGAGGAGAAGCGCCGCCUCCGGGCCUCUCUGGACCAGCUGCAGGCUCAGCACCAGAGCAAGCUGCAGAGCUGCCAGGACCGCCUGAGGAAAUCGGAGGUUCUGCGGGACGAGCUGUCCAAGUUCCUCCAGGAGCACGGCGGCCUGGGCACCUGGCUGGACCAGAGCGAGAAGGAGCUGCGUUCCCUGGGGGAGGGAGAGACCGACGCACAGGGGCUGAAGGGACGGCUGGAGGAACACAAGAAGCUGGCUGAGGAGGUGAUCUGCCACAAGGCGGACCUGCGCUUCGUGUCCAUCUCGGGCCAGAAGGUUUUGGACUCUGUGCAGGGGGCGCUGGAGCAGGCUGGGGGUUCAGACCCGGCGCUGGACAGCACCAAGCAGCUAGUGACAGACAAACUGCACGACGCCAACCACAGAUACACUGCCCUACACACCAAGUCCUCUGAGCUGGGCGGCCGUCUGUCGGGGCUGCUGGAGCGCUCUCAGCAGUACCAGGAUGAGGCGGUGUCGCUCCACUCCUGGCUCAGCAGCCAGGAGCAGGAGCGGGACACGGCCCGGCCCAGCGGGGACACCAACCCCCAGAACCUGCAGAGCGCACUGCGACAAGUACAGCUGUUGCAGGAUGAGCUUGCGGCCCGUUCAGUGCAGCUGGAGAAGGUGAAGAGAGCCGGCAGGGAGCUGGUCAGCACAGAGGAAUCCCCAUCCCUCAAGGCAGUGGACAUCCUCUGCACCGCAGAUGGCCUGGAGAGGCGGUUCGACACGCUGUCUGCGUCGGUGUCGGAGCGUGCUGAGCAGCUGCAGACCGCGGUGGCCCAGUCGGUCAGCGUGCAGGAGGGGCUGAAGGGUCUGCUGUCCUGGCUGGACCAGCUGGUUCUGAGCCCAGGACCGGUCCAGCCCACCGCUCAGGCUGUUCAGGACGCCAUGACACAAAACCAGAAGCUCCGCCAGGAGCUGCUGUCCCGGCAGGGCAGUGUGGACGCCACCCGCGACUCCCUCUCCAAGCUCCUGCAGAGCGCCGACGCAGCCACGGCCUCCGACCUUCAGGGGGCGCUGGCCCAGCUCAACGGGCGCUACGCCGCCGCACAGGCCAGCCAGACGGAGAGAGAGGCCGAGCUGAAGGUCCUGCUGCCCAGGCUGGAGAGCUACGAGCGGCUGGGGGCCGACCUGCAGGGCUUCACCCAGAGCAGGCUGAAGGCCCUGGGGCCGGUGGGGCAGCCGGAGCACAGCGUGGACGACUACAGGCAGACCCUGGAGGAGGUGAAGUCAGAUCUGGAGCAGGAGGCGGGACAACUGAAGUCCUUCUGCGAGCUGGGUACGGAUCUCAGCCAAUCACAAGCCAUCUCCAAUUCUCAAAGCCUAUUGGAUAACGUCAAGGAGGUGUCAGACGAGUUCAGCCGACUGGAGGCCAAUGUCAAUGACAGGUUUUCAGCCAUCCAGGGCUGUGAGCAGCGGCUGGCUCAGUUCCGUGGGCUCUCUGGCUCCCUCCUCAGGUGGCUCCAGGCAUCUCAGGAUCAGCUGCCUGCGAAGGAGCCCAGCCUGGACACCGAGGGCAUGCAGCGCAGAGUCCAGCAACUCCAGGACUUGUGUGACGACUGGGAGUCCCAGGGAGCCCGGGUCCAGGAGCUGAACAAGACCGGCUCAGAGCUGGAGUCCACCAUCAUCGGCAUCACGGCACCACAGACCAAGACCGGUGCCCCUCAGAUGAACGGUUCAGCCAACCCAGGCAGUGUUAACGGCAUCCAUACCUGCAAAGACCUGACGGAGCUGCAGGUGGCGGUGGCGGAGGUGAACGGCCGCUACGAGUCGCUGGGCUCUGAGCUGAAGGAGCGCCACGGCCGGCAGCAGGCCGCCCUGGAGCUCCGGCAGCAGGCCAGCCAGGGGGCCCAGGAGCUCAGCAGCUGGCUGAGGGACCGCGAGCACAGCCUGGAGCAGGGCCACAACGCCUCCCCCUCCAAACCUGAGGUGGUGCGCGCCAAGGCUCAGGAGAACAAGGCGCUCCUCAGGGAGCUGACGGAGCACUCAGGGAAGGUGGAGGAGCUCAAGGCCUCGCUGACGAAGCUGGUCGCCGACAACCCCGACUCCCCUGAGGCAGCCUCCUGGAGGCAGCAGCUGCAGGAGCUGGACUCCCGCUGGCAGAAGGCCAAUGAGACCGCAGCACAGAGGCAGACGGAGCUGGAGACCUGUGCUGAUAGGCUGGGCAGUUUUGCCACGGCGGCCAGUCAGCUGGGGCCGUGGCUGCGGGAGAAGGAGCUGAUGAUGAGCGUGCUCGGACCGCUGAGCAUAGACCCCAACAUGCUCAACACGCAGAAACAACAAGUACAGUUCAUGCUGCGCGAGUUCGAUACCCGCCGGCCCCAGUACGACGAGCUGACCCAGUCUGCGGAGGGCAUCCUCUCCCAGUCUGGAGACGCCCCCCAGGACCCUAAGGACCUGCAGGAGGUUCGGGCCGAGCUGGGCUCCAUCUCGAAGCAGUGGGAGGACCUGACGUCCCGCCUGGACCUGAGGUCGGGCCGCAUCGACCGGGCCCAGGGCACCAGCGAACGCUACCAGGCCCUGCUGAAGGAGCUGGCGGCCAGCGUGGGCGACCUGGGCGAGCGGCUGGACGGCCAGGCCUCGCUCAGCGCCCAGCCCGAGGCCCUGAGGAGCCGGCUGCAGGAGACGGGCGAGGUGCGCUCGGAGCUGGAGCUCCGCCGCGCCGAGCUAGGCGAGGCGGAGAGGCUGUGCGAGGAGCUGAGCGCCAUCGUGGACGAGCCUUACCUGAGGGAGGAGCUCAGCAAGCGGCUGGAGGCCGUCGGAGCGCCGCUACGGAGUCUGGAGGAGCGCGCCGCCGACGGUCUGUCCCAGCUGCAGGCCGCCCUCUCCUCCACCCAGCAGUUCCAGCAGAUGUUCGACGAGCUGCGCUGCUGGCUGGACAACCAGGCGGACACCAGGGACUCCUCGGCCGACUCCCUGCCCUGCCAGCCGGAGGCUCUGCGCUCCCUGCUGGCCCACGCCGAGGACCUCCAGCGGGGCAUCGCCGCCCAGCGCGGCUCCUACGAGCUCCUCCAGGCCGAGGGCGCCUCGCUGCUCGCCGCGCUCCCCGCCGGAGGGGACGAGCGCUCGGCCCUGCAGUCGCGCCUGUCCGGCCUGCGCCAGGACUGGGACGGGCAGAACCAGAGGGCCACCGACCGGCAGAACCGCCUCAAGUCCACCCUGGCCAAGGCGGAGACGUACCAGAAGCACCGGGCGGAGCUGGUGCCCUGGCUGGAGGAGUGCGAGGGGAAGGACGUGGAGAUACGGCCGUCGCUGGACCCCGCCGCCCUGGACGAGGCCCUGCAGAGGGCCCGGACGCUCUCCAUGGACCUGGACAGGAGGCGCCCCCUGGUGGACGCCCUCAACACCGCGGCCGACCAGUUGCUGGAGCAGUGCCGGGUCGGAGAGGAAGAGGUGCGUGAUGAGAAGGCCCAGCUGAACCGCAGGGUGGACGGGCUGGGGGAGCGGGUCCACGACCACACCUCCCAGCUGGAGGAGCUGGCCGGCCGCCUCAAGGAGUUCCAGGAGGGGCGGCAGAGUGUGGAGCGGAGGCUGGAUGCGGCCAAACACCAGAUAGAAGUCCAGGAAGCUCUGGGGCCACAGGCUUGCAGCGCAAAGAGCCUGGAGCGUCUGCGGAGCCAGCAGGAGGCCCUCCGGUCCCUGCAGCCCCAGGUGGUCUAUCUCAGAGACCUGGCGCAGGGUCUGGUGCAGGACGCCCCCCAGACACCAGGGGGCGGCAGAGAGGGAGCAGAGAGGCUGCAGCAGCAAGCCACCGACACUGAGAAAGAGUAUGAAGACGUUACAGAGAAGGUGGAGCAGUGCUCGGCGGCCCUGGAGUCGCGGCUGCAGGGCGUGGGCGAGGUGCAGACGCACGUGCGCGACGUCUUCUCCCGCCUGGCCGACCUGGACGACGAGCUGGACUCCCUGAGCCCCGUGGGGCGCGACGGCGACUCGCUGGCCUCCCAGGCCGAGGCGCUGCGCGGCCUCCUGGCGCGCGUGGGCGACCUGCGGCACCAGCUGGACGGCCACGGGACGGAGUGCACCGCCAUGCUGCGGCGGGAGGGCUCCUCCCCCGACCUGCUGGCGCUGCGCCGCGAGACGGAGGCCCUCAGCAGGCAGGCGGGCAAGCUGAACGAGCGAGGCCAGGUCCGCUUGGGCCAGAUUGAAGACGCCGCGGAGAAGGUGCGGGAGUUCUACGGGCUGGUGGCCGAGCUGCAAGGCAUGCUGGGAAGGGCCGAGGAAGGCCUGAACGCCCAGGGAUUGGUCGGCACGGAGGUGGAGAUCAUCAAACAGCAGCUGCAGGAGUUCAAGGCGCUGGAGCGGGAGCAGGUGGAUGGCAUCCAGCCACGGCUGAAGCACGUCAACGCGGUGGGCCAGGGUCUGAUCCAGAGCGCCGCGAAACACACAGACACCCAGGCCCUGGAGCACGACCUGGAGAACACCAACCUCCAGUGGAACUCUCUCAACAAGAGGGUGGCCGAGCGAAUCGCACAGCUGCAGGAGGCACUGUUGCAUUGUGGGAAGUUUCAGGAUGCCCUGGAGCCCCUGCUAAGCUGGCUCAGUGACACCGAGGAGCUGGUGGCCAAUCAGAAGCCCCCGUCCGCAGAGUACCGAGUGGUCAAAGCCCAGAUUCAGGAACAGAAGCUGCUGCAGAGGCUGCUGGACGACCGGCGGCCCACCGUCCAGAUGAUCCAGGCGGAGGGCGAGAGGAUCGCCGCCACGGCCGACGCCCAGGACCGGGACAAGAUCCAGUCCCAGCUCCAGAGCCUGGGGGAGAGGUGGACCGAGCUCCUGGACAAAGCCAGCGGCAGGCAGAGGAAGCUUGAGGAGCUGCAGGGGCUGGCCCUCCAGUUCCACGAGGCCCUGGAGCCGCUGGGCGAGUGGCUGAGCGCCACCGAGCGGCGGCUGACCUCGGCGGAGCCCAUGGGCACGCAGACGGCCAAGAUCUCCCAGCAGAUCUCCAAGCACAAGGCGCUCCACGCGGACGUGUCCUCGCGAGGGGCCGAGGUCGACCUGGUCGAGGCCCUCGGCCAAACCCUCAGCCCGCUCUGCUGCCCCGCCGACGGCCAUUGGCUGCGGGAGCGGGUGGGGGCGGUGCACACGGGGCACUCUGAGCUGCUGGAGUGGUGCAGGCGGCGGGCGGGCAUGCUAGAGCAGGCGCUGGCCAACGCCCAGCUGUUUGGGGAGGAGGAGGUGGAGGUGCUGAACUGGCUGGAGGAGGUGGGCCUGAGACUGGCUCAGGUCUCCGUCCAGAGCUUCCAGCCUCAGCCGCUCACAGAGCAGCACAAACACACACUGUCACUGAAUGAAGAGAUUGUGAGCAGGAAGAAGACGGUGGACCAGGCCAUAAAGAACGGACAGGCCCUCCUCAAACAGACCACAGGUGAGGAGGUGCUGCUGAUCCAGGAGAAGCUGGACGGCAUCAAGACUCGCUACGCCGAGAUGACGGCGGGCAGCAGCAAGGCCCUCCGCACCCUGGAGCAGGCGCUGCAGCUGUCCACGCGGUUCGCCAGCGCCCACGACGACCUCAACCAAUGGCUGGAUACCGUGGAGGCGGAGCUCAACAACAUGGAGCCCGACGCUACACCCGCUUACCAGGAGAGACAGAAGGAGCUGAAGAAGCUGUCAGCGGAGAAGCGUCUGGUGCUGGACACGGUGAACGAGGUGGGCAGCGCCCUGCUGGACCUGGUGCCGUGGCGGGCCCGCGAGGGCCUGGACCGCCUGGUGGCCGACGCCAACCAGCGCUACCGCCAGGCCGACGAGACCAUCACGCAGCGGGUGCAGCUGGUGCAGGCCGCCAUCCAGAGGUCACAGCAGCUGGAGGAGGCGGUGGACGCGGAGCUGGCCUGGGCCCGGGAGACGGAGCGCAAGCUGUCGUCCCUGGGGCCCCUGAGCCUGGAGCCCGACGUGACGGUGGCCCAGCUGCAGGUGCAGAGGGCCUUCAACAUCGACAUCAUCCGCCACAAGGACACGGUGGACCAGCUGCUGGCCACCCACAGCGACAUCCUGGACACCUGCACCGACGCCCAGAGGGACGCGCUGGCGACCAAGACGGACGCCCUGAGCGAGCGCUACGAGGCGGUCAGCCAGAAACACAGCGAGCGCUUCUCGGCGCUGGAGCAGGCCCAGGUCCUGGUGGCCCGCUUCUGGGAGACCUACGAGGAGCUGGAGCCCUGGCUGGGGGAGACGGAGACCCUCAUCGCCCAGCUGCCCCCCGCCGCCAUCGACACGGACGCCCUGCGGCUCCAGCAGGACCAGAUGAGGCUCCUGAGGGAGUCCAUAGCCGAGCACAAGCCCCACAUAGACAAACUGCUGAAGAUCGGGCCCCAGAUGGCCCUGCUGAGCGCCCAGGAGGGCCCGUCGGUCACGCAGCGCUACGUGGACUCUGAGCGCCGUUACCUCGCCAUCAAGGAGGAGGUCAAAGGUCGCGCGGGCGCCCUGGACGAGGCGGUGUCCCAGUCCGUACAGCUGGUAGAGUUCCACGACAAGAUGGACCCUCUGCUGGAGACCCUGGAGGGGGCGGUGCAGCGGCUGCGUCAGCCCCCCCCUGUGGCCGCCGAGGUGGACAAGAUCCGCGAGCAGCUGGGGGACCACCGGGCCCAAGGCUUGGAGCUGGACAAGCUGCUGCCCUCCUUCUCCGCCCUGUGCAGCCGCGGGGAGGAGCUGAUCGGGCGGGCCGCGCACGACGACCCCGCCGCCCAGGCCGUGCGUUCCCGCCUGCUGCGUCUGCGCUCCCUGUGGGAGGAGAUCCGCCAGCGGGCGGAGGAGCGCGAGGCCAAGCUGAGCGACGUGCUGGACCUGGCCGAGAAGUUCUGGGCCGACAUGGCGGCGCUGCUGAGCACGCUGCGGGACUCCCAGGACAUCGUGCGGGAGCUGGAGGACCCCGGGGUGGACCCCUCGCUCAUCAAGCAGCAGAUCGAGGCGGCCGAGGCCAUCAAGGGCGAGACGGACGGCCUGAGAGAAGAGCUGGAGUUCGUCAGGACCCUCGGGGCAGACCUCAUCUUUGCCUGCGGGGAAACCGAGAAACCAGAGGUUAAGAAAACCAUCGACGAGAUGAACGGAGCGUGGGAAGGGCUGAACCGGACGUGGCGGGAGAGGAUGGAGCGACUGGAGGAGGCCAUGACCGCUUCUGUUCAGUACCAGGACGCACUGCAGGGCAUGUUUGACUAUCUGGACAACGCAGUGAUCAAACUGUGUGACAUGCCGACUGUGGGAACGGACCUGGGAACAGUCAAACAACAGAUUGAAGAACUCAAGCAGUACAAGGUGGAGGUGUACCAGCAGCAGAUUGACAUGGAGAAGCUGUGCCACCAGGGGGAGCUGUUGCUGAAGAAAGUCAGCGACCAGACUGACCGAGACAUGAUCCAGGAGCCACUCACCGAGCUCAGACAUCUCUGGGAAAACCUGGGAGACAAGAUCACGCACAGACAGCACAAGCUGGAGGGCGCGCUGCUGGCCCUGGGUCAGUUCCAGCACGCCCUGUCUGAGCUGCAGGCCUGGCUCAACCACACUCACGCCACCCUGGACACCCAGCGGCCCGUCAACUCUGACCCCAAGGCCAUCGAGAUCGAGCUGGCCAAGCACCACGUGCUGCGUAACGACGUGCUGUCCCACCACUCCACGGUGGAGGCGGUGAACGGGGCCGGGGCCGAGCUGCUGGAGUCCACCCCCGGGGACGAGGUCAGCCACCUGAGAGACCAGCUGGACACGCUCAACAGCGGCUGGGAGAGCCUCCUACUCAAGACCCAGGAGCGCCAGAAGCUGCUGGAGGCCGCACUGCACCAGGCGGAGGGUUUCCACGGCGACCUAGAGGAGUUCCUGCAGUGGCUGCGGAGGACGGAGACCCAGCUGUCCGCCGCCAAGCCCACCGGGGGUCUCCCUGAGACCGCCCGGGAGCAGCUCCAGCAGCACAUGGAGCUGCAGACCACUCUGAGCCAGCGGGCGGAGCACUACCACGGGCUGCUGGACCAGGGCGAGGCCAUGCUCCUGGCCCGCGGCGGGGAGGAGGGCGGGCCCGGCACCACCCAGACCCAGCAGAACCUGGCCAUGCUGCAGAACAAGUGGGCCAGCCUCAGCACCAAGAUCGACGACCGCCGGGGGAAGCUGGAGGAGGCUCUGUCUCUGGCCACGGGCUUCCAGAGCUCCCUGCAGGACACCAUCAACUGGCUGACGCAGGCCGAGCAGACCCUCAACAUGGCCCAGGCCCCCAGCCUCAUCCUGGACACCGUGCUGUUCCAGAUCGAUGAGCACAAGGUGUUUGUGAACGAGGUGAACACCCACCGGGAGCAGGUGCUGGCCCUGGAGAAGGCGGGCUCCCAGCUGCGCUUCGCCAGCCUGAAGCAGGACGUGGUGCUGAUCAAGAACCUGCUGCUCAGCGUGCAGGCGCGCUGGGACAAGCUGGUGCAGCGCUCCCUGGACCGCGGGCGCCACCUCGACGAGGCCCGCAAGCGCGCCAAGCAGUUCCACGAGGCGUGGAGGAAGCUGACCGACUGGCUGGAAGAGGCGGAGAGCCGCCUGGACUCUGAGCUGGAGAUCUCCAACGAACCAGACAAGAUAAAACUGCAGCUGUCCAAGCACAAGGAGUUCCAGAAGGCGCUGGGCUCCAAGCAGCCGGUGUACGACACCACGGUUCGGUCGGGCAAGGCCAUGCGGGACAAGACCCAGCUCCCCUCCGACACCCAGAAGCUAGACCACCUGCUGGGGGAGCUCCGGGACAAAUGGGACACCGUCUGCGGCAAGAGUGUGGAGCGACAACACAAGCUGGAGGAGGCCCUGCUGUUCUCGGGUCAGUUCGCCGAGGCCCUCCAGGCCCUGGUGGACUGGCUGUAUAGGGUAGAGCCCCAGCUGGCUGAGGACCAGCCCGUCCACGGGGAUCUGGACCUGGUGUCAAACCUCAUGGACACGCACAAGGCGUUCCAGAAGGAGCUGGGCAAGAGGACCAGCAGCAUCCAGGCCCUGAAGCGCUCGGCCCGCGAGCUGAUGGACACCGGCCGCGACGACACGGCCUGGGUCAAGGUCCAGUUGCAGGAGCUCAGCAACCGCUGGGAUACGGUGUGCGCGCUGUCCGUCAGCAAGCAGACCCGCCUCCAGCAGGCCGUCAAACAGGCGGAGGAGUUCCGCACCAACGUGCAGAUCCUCCUGGAGUGGCUGUCGGAGGCGGAGCAGACGCUGCGGUUCCGCGGCGUGCUGCCGGAGGAGGCGGACACGCUGCAGACGCUGCUGCACACGCACCGGGACUUCAUGGGCACCGUGGAGGAGAAGCGCUCCACGGUCAACUCGGCGGCGGGCAUGGGCGAGGCCAUCCUCACCCAGUGCCACCCCGACUCUGUCACCACCAUCAAGCACUGGAUCACCAUCAUCCGCGCCCGCUUUGAGGAGGUGCUCACGUGGGCCAAACAGCACGAGCAGCGCCUGGAGACGGCUCUGAAUGAGCUGCUCAACAACGCCAACCUAUUGGAAGAGCUGCUGUCGUGGCUACAAUAUGCUGAGACCGCAUUGAUCCAAAGAGACACGGAGCCCCUCCCACAGGACAUCACUCAACUGAAGUCGCUCAUCACAGAACACCAGGUGUUCAUGGAGGAGAUGACCAGGAAGCAGCCAGACGUGGACAAGGUGACGAAAACGUACAAGAGGAAACCAGCCGAGGUCUCGAGCAGCCUGGCAGAGAGGAGAGGAGCGCGUAAGAACCAGCAACAGCAGCCGCAGCAGCACCAGCACGCGGCCAUGCUGAUCGCCAGCAGCAACCCGCGGCUCAACCAGCUCUGCGCCAGGUGGCAGCAGGUCUGGCUGCUGGCCCUCGAUCGCCAGAGGAAGCUCAACGACGCGCUUGAUAGGCUGGAGGAGCUGAAGGAGUUUGCCAACUUUGACUUUGACGUGUGGAGGAAGAAGUACAUGCGCUGGAUGAACCACAAGAAGUCCCGCGUCAUGGACUUCUUCAGACGCAUCGACAAGGACCAGGACGGAAAGAUCACGCGGCAGGAGUUCAUCGACGGCAUCCUGGCCUCCAAGUUCCCCACCAGCAGGCUCGAGAUGACCGCCGUGGCGGACAUCUUUGACCGCGACGGCGACGGCUACAUCGACUACUACGAGUUUGUGGCGGCGCUUCACCCAAACAAGGACGCCUACCGGCCCACCACGGACGCAGACAAGAUAGAGGACGAGGUGACCCGGCAAGUGGCCCAGUGUAAGUGCGCCAAGAGGUUCCAGGUGGAGCAGAUAGGGGAGAACAAGUACAGGCCUCAUGUAGCCUGUGACCUUUCUCAAGGCACUGUCAUCACACUAACCUUCUUCCUCGGAAACCAGUUCGGGGACUCCCAGCAGCUGCGUCUGGUGCGGAUCCUGCGCAGCACGGUCAUGGUGAGGGUGGGCGGGGGCUGGAUGGCCCUCGACGAGUUCCUGGUCAAGAACGACCCCUGCCGAGUGCAACACCCUGGACUUAAGAUUCUCCGCUGCGACUCCAGUAGCUCCAUCUCAUCUCGUAUAGUGGCGGUCACUCCUGGCUAUUUCUGCUGCCGAGCCCGUGGGCGGACCAACCUGGAGCUGAGGGAGAAGUUCAUCAUCCACGAGGGCGUGUCCCAGGGCCUGGCGGCCUUCCGCUCGCGGGGCCGGCGCUCCAAGCCCGGCUCGCGCACCGCCUCCCCGACCCGCUCCUCCUCCUCGGCCUCCCACAGCGCCCACAGCUGCGCCUCCCUGCCCUCCACGCCGGCCACGCCCACCGCCUCCUCCUCCUCCUCCAGGUCCUCAAACACCCAUUCUCGUGACUACGCCAAGCCCUGGCUUGCUCACAGUAAAACCCCGACGACCUCCAAGUCUAACUGCUGCCCGGAUCAGGCGGCCCUGGGGCCCGAGGGGACGGCGGCAGGCUCCAAGCUGAAGAGGCCCACCUUCCACUCCAGCCGAGGGUCUCUGACCGGGGAGAACGGGGGCUCCACGCCCACCAGCGCCAAACCAGGCCGACCCGACCCCAAGCGCGCCGGCACCACGGCGGGCGCCGCCGCCGCCAGCCGCGCGGGCAGCCGGGCGGGCAGCAGGGCGGGCAGCAGGGCCAGCAGCCGGCGGGGCAGCGACGCCUCGGACGCCUCGGAGCUCCAGGAGUCGCGCUCGGUGUGUUCCGACACCUCGGACACGCCGCGGAGGCCCGGCGCCGCCAAGCCCUCCAAGAUCCCCACCAUCUCCAAGAAGACCCCCAGCCCCAAGGGCCCCCCCACGCUGAAGAAGUAGGGCCCCCACUGGGGGGGGGGGGGGGGAUCACAGACAAAUGCGACGACGAUGAUGAGAGAGAAAGGAACGGAAAUUAAAAAAAAUUAAGAAUGCUCCGCACAGAAGGGUGGCUGACGUGGCAGAGCGGCCGUUUGUUUUGGCCCCUCCGAUCGUGACGGGGGGUCAGAGUGGUCUGAUCCAAACCUCUUUCCAUAGGGCUGUUAUGAGACGCUGCACUAAGACACGGGGGGAAGGGAGGGCCGGUGGUGUGUCUCAUUCUCUCCGUUUCCCCCCCCCCCUCCUCGCACACAAAAACAAACCAAGGGUUCAGGGCCCGUGCGACCAGAGAUGACGAAGAGGACCUCCCGGUUACGAACCCGAUCCAGGUGGCCUUUCCCGGGACACUCUUGGGAUCUUGUGAUCCAGAAAGUUUUUCGGGGAUCGUAACGAGAAAGGCUUCCACAAGGUCUCCCACUGAAUCCACACACACACACACACGCGCGCGUCUCUGAGCGGGACGGGAAGCUGCCUUAUGUCCCGUACCAGACCUCUGCUCAGAGAACAGAAGACAGAUACGUGUUCCCCACUCUACGCCUCUACAACAGUGAUACACAGAAUACACACUCAAACGCACACGCAGACAGACUCUGAAUAACAUUUUAACAGAAGAAAACCCUCACAUUGCUGCCCUGAAGUGGUCGGUCGGUGGCUUCCACCAUACGGCCUCCCUAAAAUACACCGCCCGCCGACACCCGGGACGGGAACACUUUGGGGGUUUUAUCCGGCUGCCUCGGGCCCGCGACGCUCCUCUCAGAGAUGGCAGAUGGGCAGCUGCUAAAAGAAAAAAAAGAAUCAUUGCACGACUGUGCUGUGCUGAAUUCCCCGGGUCUGGUUGGGUUGAGCGGACCGGGGAACCAGACACCCACAGCAUACCUGUGGUGGGCGGGUUUAGGAGCAGAGGAAGCUUCCAGAAUGAGAGUACGCUUCACUUCCUGUGUCGAAGCCAACGCCGAGCGUCCCCCCCCUCCCGACCACCGGGGGGCGACACAACCGUGGACUUUCAUACCAGCGGGGUGACGAGAAGGGGCUCGCUGGUUUUGAACCGACAACCCCUUGUUUUUUAAUGGUGUCAGCCGCACGGCUCAACAGCACAUCGGACACACAACGAGACGAGACCCGACUAUGUCUGAAGAGUGUGACAACCAACGCACACACCAGCCAGCCGUCUCCUCAGCCCGAGUCUAGCGCGUCGCCCCUGGCAACCAAGCACACGCACACGCAUACACAAACAGGCACACAUACAGACACACACACAAAUGCGUGUACAAGUAGCUGUGUGUAUAAUGUGUGUCACUGGCAUGUGUUACUGAAAAACUAAAGGUCACUGACUCGAGUGACUGACUCGAGUCACUGUAUGCAAAACCUUUGACAAAUGUUAUUUUUUUGUUUUGAUUUGUUUUUUUCGUCUUUGUCAUUGUGUCGUUCUGGUUUAUUUCUAAUCCAGUUGUACUUUUGUUUAUCCAACUAAAACUAAAGUAUCUAACUAAAGUUACAAAUCUAUAUUUAUUUUUGAGCUCCAUAUCAUAUCAAUCGUUGCAGAGCGCAAUUAGUAUUACAAAUCAAGAAAACACGUUUUUUUUGUACAAUGCAAAUGUAUGGUCUGAUCUGCUCUUUGGACAUCUUUUGUGUGUAAAUGUGUUUUCACGUCAUCCUAAUGUUGCAUUCGUCAUAACAAUGUUUUUUUGUUAUUUUUGAUGAUAUCUAUUUACCAGAUCAUGACCAAAGGGGUUUGCCCUUGUGAAGAAAAAGAAAACUUCAAAUGUUGAUUGAAGGGUGACUUUGGCAGAGCAGGGCCAACGAAAGGGGUAACUUCCUUUCUCAUGUCCCACCUUCCCUAGCAUCUGUCCCUAUAGGCUCGUUUUUUUAAAUGUCCCACUUGAUUGGAUGGGACCCCCAAGAUUGUGUGUCAUCUCGACGCAAGAGAUGAAGUUUGUGAGAAAACCUUGAAAUGAAUUUAUAGCAAGGAAGAAUGCGCAGGAAAGAACAUCUUACGGUGAUUUUUAUUUAUUUAUUGUCCCGGUGAAGCAGGGGCUUGGUUUCCGUGGAGACGAACCCUCAGCCUUUUGAUGCCGUGCUAUUUUCUGUGUGACAACGUUGGGUUGGGUAGAUGAAGUCCAUUGUGUAAAACAAAAAACUAAAAUUAUAAACAUUUUGUUCUGUUUUUCUAUUAAAAAAAUAUGCUUGCAGUA